UUUCUGCAUCGCAAAGGUCGUGACAGCUUGUUGUUCUUGCCUUGUCACAUUCGAUCACAGCAAAAGCUCAUCAGGCACAGCAAAGACAGGUAGAGGCACAUCAUCCCCGACCCAGCACCAUGUCCACGGAUCCUAAGCGUGAUCGUGUCACAGACGCCACAAAAGUAUGGGCCUCUCUCUUAACAAACACCGAAUACCUGGCUGGCAUUUUGACCCUCGAAUACUCUCUCCGGAAAGUGGGCACGAAAUAUCCGUUCAUCGUUCUGUACACGGACUCACUCCCCGAGGAAGCCCAUGCAGCUCUUGAAGCCCGCGGUAUACUUAAACAACCUGUUCCCUACCUCAAGCCAUCUAUGACGACCGAUUUGAGCCUGGACAGACGUUUAUAUGAUGCCUGGACCAAGCUGGUGUGCUUUUCACUUUACGAAUAUGAGCAUGUUGUUGUCCUGGACUGCGACAUGAUGGUGCUUCACAAUAUGGAUGAGUUGAUGGAUGUUGAGUUGGAUCCACCAGAAAUGGAGGGCAAUGGGAAUCGCGUGUUUGGUAGUACCCAUGCAUGUGUUUGCAAUCCGCUCAAUAGGCCUCACUACCCCAAAGAUUGGAUACCGGCCAAUUGCGGAUGGUCCCUCCAGCAUGACACCCCAGAACUCGCCCAGACCAUUGCUCCUCCAAUCGAAGCAGGCUUUGGCUUGUGCAACACAGGUAUUAUCGUGACAAGACCGGGCGAAGGCGUAUACAAGAAAAUCACCGACAGCCUGGCUACGUCUAAUACAUCCGAUUGGAUCUUUGCCGACCAGUCUCUUCUUUCAGAGGUUUUCCAAGGCCGUUGGGCCCCGCUUCCAUACAUUUACAAUGCCCUUAAAACGAAGCGGUGGAAGGGUGUGCAUGACGCCAUCUGGAGAGAUGAUCGUGUCAAGAAUAUCCACUACUUUCUGACACCUAAGCCAUGGGAUGAGACUCCGCCUUUUCACGCAGAUCCAACGCACACAUGGUGGUUUGAGAUGAAUGAAAAAAGGAAGGAGGAGGACAAGGCCAGCGGUUUCACCGAUGGGUUUUGAGUCGAUUUAUGCUAAGCCUAUGGGUAUAUGGUAGUUAACCAGUGAUGUGUAAUUAUUAUUUUGGUAAUCCUUCUUAACGCAGGAUUCAAACUACCAGAUGCAUGAGCGUUUAAUGUAUUGAUCCUAUCACUCCAACUCCCAUAUGGUCUAUGUGCUCUGGAAACAAAUCCAACCCAAGAUAGAAUUUCCAAAUAUCUUCUGCGGUGUAAGGCCC